AUGACGACCGCACAUAGGCCCACGUUUGAUCCCGCCCGUGGAAAAGAGGCGCUUCGAGGCCCUGCCUACCAUCAACGCCUCCUCCCCGCGCAUACACAGCUCAAAUUCCGAAAGCCUGGCCAAGGUGGUGAUGCUGACCAUGAGGUGCGUGAUCUCCGUGCCGAGCUCCUUGCCGCCGAGGCGGCGCACUUUGCCAAGUUGAAUGGUGGUGCUCCUGCGCGAGAUACCUCAGAGAGCCCUGAACCUGCGGCAGGUGGCACCAAGCGCUCUCUUGAGAUCGCAUCACAAGCCGAUGACGAAGAAGACCCGGAGGCGAAACGGCGGCGCAUAUUAGAGGAGACGAGAGAUAUCGAUGCGGAUGAUUCGGAAGAAGACGAUGAGGAUGUCGAUAGCGAAGAGGAUAGCGACGAUGAUUCAGACGACGAUGCUGAGCUGCAGCGUGAGCUUGAGAGAGUAAAGCGCGAACGGGCUGAGAAGAGAGAGAGAGAGGAGAGAGAGAAGGCCGCGGCAGAAGAGGAGGCUAGAGAGCGGGAUAUCGCUCUUGGCAAUCCACUGCUAAACAAACCCGACUUCAACAUCAAGCGAAGAUGGGACGAUGACGUUGUCUUCAAAAACCAAGCUCGUGGCACAGAAGACAAGGGCAAGAAGAAGGAAUUCAUCAAUGAUCUACUGCGUUCCGAUUUCCAUAAGCGAUUCAUGAGCAAGUACGUACGAUAG